AUGACUGUACACCCUUCAUCAUCACUCAUUCCCAAGGCACACAUGUCGACAGUGGGUGAGAGCUCCCAUCAGGCCGCCUCUUCCUCCUUCGACGGAUUGGAUCACUUGGGUGGCAACGCCCAGCCUAUACAGUGGACUCUCCAGCACCCCAUCCUCGAUGAGAGCAGCAACUCUCCCGAUGUCCUCUUCUCCAAGCUAGUGAAGCUUAAAAGGAAGAUCCGACUCCUCAAGAAGCGCGCCCUGUUCAUCCAACGCGAACUUCGCUGGCUGAAGAACAAUGACCACUCGUCUCUCGCUUUCCACCGUAUCCGCUUCUACAAGGCUGAGCUCGCCAGUCGCCGGGACGCUCUGGAUGAGGCCGUGACGGCCCAUGAGUACGCCCAGUGGCAUCUAAACGCCGUCGUUGCACAGACCAUCUAA